UUAAGCUCAACACAAGUGUGGCUGAGAAGUAAGCAGAAGCCACACGUUUACAGGUGAAGUUAAUGCAGUUGGGACAAUCGUUAUUCGCCUGUUUGAUCACAUAAGAUGUCUUCACUCCUGAAGGUGGACAAUGAAAUUAAAACCAAGGUUGAUGCUUUCAGGGAACGUAUCACUGCAGAAGCAGAGGAUCUAGUUGCAAAUUUUUUCCCAAAGAAGUUACUGGAACUUGAUCAUUUCCUAAAGGAUCCAAUCAUAAACAUCACUGAACUGAAGGAGAUUCACUCGGAGAUAAACCUGACAGUGCCAGACCCCAUCCUGCUCUCAAACCUCCAUGACGGACUAGAAGCGCAAAACGCCAAAAAGCGAAAGCUGGAGGAUGGAGGUGGGGAGGACAAGGUGACUGGCACCAAGGUUUUCGUCAUGCCUGGUGGGAUGAUGAAGAGCAACGCAAACCUUGUCGAUCUCAUUGAAAAGGUCAAACCAGAGAUCAGGACGCUCAUAGAGAAAUGUAACACAGUCAAAAUGUGGGUCCAGCUGCUCAUCCCCAGGAUAGAGGAUGGCAACAACUUUGGCGUUUCAAUCCAGGAGGAGACGGUCGCUGAACUCAGAACAGUUGAAGGAGAGGCGGCAUCUUACCUCGACCAGAUAUCAAGAUACUACAUCACAAGGGCAAAGCUGGUUUCUAAAAUAGCAAAAUAUCCACAUGUGGAGGACUAUCGGCGCACAGUAACGGAGAUUGAUGAGAAGGAAUACAUCAGUCUGAAGAUCAUAGUAUCGGAGCUCAGAAAUCAAUACGUAACGUUACAUGACAUGAUCCUGAAGAACAUUGAGAAGAUCAAGAGGCCACGAAGCAGUAAUGCUGACGCGUUGUACUGAUGUUCAUCCAGCCAUCAGAGCGUCCACCCCCUCAUAUCCGCCCCCCCACCCCCGUCUCCCUGCCAUAGCUGUUGAGCUACAGUAGCCUGGCCCUGGUCCACAGGACUACAACUAGACAUUCACCUACUUCAGUACAAUCAAUACAGUCCAGUACAAAAACAUAGCUUCCAUAGAUGGACACAAUGCACAUGUUUUUGUUUUAAUUGUAAAAUAUUUUUCCUGUUUUAAACCCUUUUGAAAACAUAAUUAUUCUCUCAAAAAUUGAGAGACAGAUCAUAGACAGCAAAAAUCGUUAUGUAUUUUUUAAUUUUAAUUAAACAUUUUGUCCUCA